AUGAAUUUUGAAAACAGAUGGGUCUUGAGAUCCGCUCUGAACUUCGCAAGUGAUGGAGAAGUAGUCAGAGAAGUAGGUAGAGAGUUCCAGAGAAAAGGACCAGAAAAAGCAAAAGCAGAUUUGGCAAAAGAGUGUUUAACACGAGUUAAGAAAAAGCGAGAAAAAGAAGAUGAUCGUAAACCGGGGCGUUUAGGGCUAAUAUGCGUCUCGCGGACACCAAAGCGGGACUCGAAACAUGAAAGGAGGGCGAAAUUCGGGACAGACCCGCCUCGAUUCGGGACAGUUGGCAACUAUGGGCCAACCGCGGCUUUCGUCACGCUGCUCCAAGUGUCUGGAAUAUGUUACCUCUUGAGUUCAGACAAUGUUCUUUGUUGA